AACCCUUUUAAUUAAUUCCCUUGAUUUGGAUAACAGUACAUACACAAGACACAAUUUGCUGACAUAUGAGUUUAUUUGAAGACCACACAAAGCCAACUUUCGCAUUCAACAUUAUUAUUCAGAUUCAGAGAGAGAGUUUUAAAGUUUUGGAUCAAAUUGAACAAUAGCAGUAGAUCAGAGAUGGCGAAUUAUUGGAAAUCCAAGGUUCUUCCAUCGAUCAAGAAGGUUUUCGAUAAAAACAGCCCCAAGAAGACUGCUGCAGCUGAAGCUUGCAAGCUCUUCGAUGAGGCUAAGGAGCAAUACGCAAAAGAGUUCGAAGAGAAAAAGACUGAGCUUCAACCAAAAGUUGUUGAAAUCUAUGAAGCUUCGUCCACUGAGAUCAAGACUUUGGUGAAGGAACCCAAGGAGGCAGGUCUCAAGAAGCAUUCAGCAGCAGUUCAAAAAUUCCUUGACGAGCUUGCUAAGAUUGAAUUUCCGGGAACGAAACCAGUCUGUGAAGCAUCUUCCAAAGUCGGGCCUGCUUAUCUACCAGGUCCGGUUUUCUUCGUAUUUGAGCAAGUCUCUACGUUUAUCGUCACGAAGGAGAAAAAAGAAGAGGCGGCACCAGCAGCCGAGGCUACUCCAGAGAAAACUGGAGAAGAUACGAGUGGCACUGAGGUGAAAGAGAAGGAUAUUGUUGCGGAAGAAGAGAAGAAAGGAGAAGCACCAGCCACUGAGGGGGCCGGGCCGGCCGGUGCCUGUGCGACAACCGCUGAGCCACCGAAGGUUGGAGAAACACCCCCUCCUGCUCCGGCAGCAGAGCCGGCAAAGCUUUGAUGAAGAAACCCGAGUUGAGAUGAGCUGUACCGCAAAAAAUGUUGACACCUGAAUAGGAGACAGCAAAUUUCAGCUACGUAGCCUCGCUGGUGGCCGAUUAUUUUUACAAAUUAUGAAGGAAAAAGAUGAUUUGUUAUAUAUUCUUUGUUUUUUCUUUUGCUUCUUCCUUUGUACCGUAUAAGACCAUUGAAAUUUGAACGUUUCGUUUAUGUCGUGUAUUAUUGUGAAUUGCACCCACAGUUUGGAAUUUAUAUACGCUAAAGAAAAGAAAUUUCUGUUCUA